AUGACCCGAAUUCGGUACGCCUUGGCUUUCAUCAUCGUAGCCGUCGUGUGUGCUGAAGCGGCUGGCCGUGACGGCAACAUGACAACUGCAGAAAGUCUUCUUCAUUCGUCUAUACAGGCACUCGGAGGUUUCAAUGCCCUUGCAAGCAUCAAGGAUGUUACAUACCGCGGCGGACUAAUUUACCGUGCGAAGUCGAUGGCCGAUACCUUCACCUUGACAGGUGUUGAGACCUCAGUAGCCCCGGUUGGUUCGCAAAAUAUCACUUUCAUGUUCGAUGAACCGAUCAUCAAACAACGAAUUAAAAGAUUCCAUCAACUGGGCCCUUAUUGGACUUGGGCACGACCGGCACUCGAGCCUGUUGAUUAUACUAUGGAUGUCAUCGGAGGCGACAACGGGUAUGCUGCUGUCGUUGAAGGCAACUACCUUCUUUUCACUCCUGGAGCACCACCUUCGGGCUAUGUUGAUGGACUCCUUGCUGCUUACUUAACCAAUCAAGCUGAAAAGAUGUCCCCUCUACUCCUGUUGACAAUUCUAUCCAAUGGUAAUUUCAGUCUUUCUACAGAGCUGAUCGGGUCAGGAGUCGAAAUGACGUCUAUCUAUGAUCACUCUCUAGAUGUGUCGGUCAUUUUGGACCCAAGUACAAAACUUCCAUACAUCAUCCGUUCUUAUGAGAACCAUGGCAUGUUUGGAAGAUCAACUCGCGACCUGAUGCUUCAAGAUUACAUCGACGUCAGUGGUGUUUACUUUCCGAGGCGAUUCAAAGGUAUAUAUAACGAGUACCGAGUGUACGAAGAUUACUCUGUGGCAGAAAUCAUGACGAACACAAAAGUAUCCUUACCGCAGCUUCAGACUCCGCGCGAGCCGCAUCAGUUGCCAAUGCGCGACAACUCCUACGACUGGUCCGAGAUUUCCGAGCUCUACGGAAUUCACGUAUGGGCCGGUGCCUACCGCGGAACAUUGAAGAACCUCACUGCAAUUAACCCAUAUCCCGACCUGCCAGGUGUCUGGCUGUUGAUCUUUGAAGAUGCCGAAGCGUACAGACAAGUUGUCUGGGAAAUGGACACGUACGCGAUAGUGCUCGACUGUCCGGCGCACCAAAGUCAUUUGGUGAUUCAAUGGGUAGAAGAAGUACUCAAAAAGCCGGUUGGCUAUGUUUGGCCUUCCCAUCACCACCACGAUCAUGUCUCUGGAAUCAACGACUACGCCAACGCUGGAGCCAAAGUCAUUGUCUUGGACUUUGCCCGCGACUACUACACGCAAGUUCCAAAUGAUCAAUUCAUCACAUAUUCGUAA